UGAAAAUUACGCGUCUGUUCUGAAGAGGGGGGUCGUUCCGCGAUAUUCCGUGUCAUCUUGACAGAUUUUGCUCUCGCGGGGCUCCGGAUUCUGGGCCUGUUUGGUCGAAAAAACAGACAAGUGGCGAGGGCUUUAAAAAAAUCUUGUUUAAAAAAUAGUGGCCGUCAAAGAGGAAGAAGAAGAGCCAGAGCAUCCCCUGGGUUCCGUUCCGGAUCUCGUGUGUGUGUAUGUGCGUGUGUGUGGUCGAGAUUUCUGUUCCGGAUUCUGUGUGCCGCAGAUCUCCACUUGGAUUUUCCCCCACUUCGCAGCACCAGACUGACCCCUCGGCGCGCUCCCAGCGUCGCCGUGCCGCACCGCGACGUCAAAAUUGGGUCCCUUUCGAGAAGGUUCAAUUCUUUCCUUGGCGUUUUAAUUUACUUAAUCCUCCGGCGUGAGAGAGAAAGAGCGAGUGUGUGUGCUGCCAACAACAAUAGCAACAACAAACAACAACUACAUCAGCAACUUCAACAAUAAAAGUAUAACCUGAAAAAAACACACUCACACACACACCUUACACAUCCAACAGGUUUAAAAGUGCUCGUUUUAGAGGGAAGAAGAGAAAAAAGUGCGUGUUCUUCAAAAAAGGAAGAAGUUCGGAAAAGUGAAUAACGGAAAAAAAAGGAAAAGUGUGCUUACGCGCGAUCGUGUGUUGGCGGGAAAAUUCGGUCGUUCUUCUUCGUGUCGAAAGAGCAAUAGCCGGAGCAGGAAAAGCAUUUUCUAAAUUUUUAAUUAAUCAAGUUUAGAGCGCGCCCACGCGUUUUUGUCCUCUCCCCACCCCGCCAAGUGUGCCCGCGUGGAAAACGCCAGAAAAAAAAAACCAACCCAAGAAGGAAAAUAAACAGGAAAAAACUGGCUCUUCAGCAUCAAUCAGCGGCAGCGUCGACCAUAGUCACUCCACAGUCGGCGGCGGUGGCAGCACUGGCAGCGGUAGCAGCAAUGGAGGAAGCUAAGGCUAAGCUCACCGAAAUCAACCUGUCCGACGACCCGGCGGUCACCCUCACCAUCCGGCUCAUCAUGCAGGGCAAGGAAGUCGGAAGCAUAAUUGGCAAAAAAGGAGAAAUCGUCAAACGGUUCCGGGAAGAGUCCGGCGCGAAAAUCAACAUAUCAGACGGAUCCUGUCCGGAGCGGAUCGUCACGGUGUCCGGUUCCAGAAGUGCUAUCUACAAAGCCUUUACACUGAUCACAAAGAAGUUUGAGGAGUGGUGUUCACAGUUCCAAGACAAUACUAAUGCACAGGGUAAAACACAGAUUCCAAUCCGCCUCAUCGUACCCGCUAGUCAGUGUGGUUCGCUGAUCGGUAAGGGUGGCUCCAAGAUCAAGGAGAUCCGCGAGAUCACCGGCUGCUCGAUCCAGGUCGCGAGCGAAAUGUUGCCAAACUCGACGGAACGGGCCGUCACGCUGAGCGGUUCGGCCGACUCGAUCACGCAGUGCAUCUACCACAUAUGCUGCGUGAUGCUGGAGUCACCCCCGAAGGGCGCCACCAUCCCGUACCGGCCGAAGCCCCAGAUGAACGGACCGGUCAUCGUGGCAAACGGCCAGGCGUACACCAUUCAGGGCAACUACGCCGUACCAGCACAAGAGACCUGCACCGUCUUUCCACUAGCCAUUGCCGGUGGCUUGCAUGCGGCGGCCGGCAUCUCAGGUUUAGCCGAUCCAUUACUAAAAGGAACACAUCUGCAAGGAGCGAUACCUCCACAUCAUCUUCAACCGAUGCCUGAUGUGAGUUUGCUAGUUGGUGGACUGGCCAAGAACCCGCUGGCAGGACUGGCCGCGCUCGGGCUCGCCGGUGCCAUUCCGACCAACACGGGUGGACUGAACCCCACAGGUGAGUUGGUUUCUCCCCCGUCUGUCGCCUCGCCCAUAGCCCUGGCCGCGCUGGCCGGCUCCCAGCUGCGGACCAACAACAACCGCAACGCGGCCGUGGCCCAGGCCGCCGCCGCCCAGGUCCAGUCGCAGUCGCACGAGAUGACGGUGCCAAACGACCUGAUCGGGUGCAUCAUCGGCAAGGGCGGCACCAAGAUUGCCGAGAUCCGUCAGAUCUCCGGCGCCAUGAUCCGGAUCUCGAACUGCGAGGAGCGGGACAGCGGCAACACCGACCGGACCAUCACCAUCACCGGCAAUCCGGACUCGGUCGCGCUGGCGCAGUAUCUCAUCAACAUGAGCGUCGAACUGCAGAAAGCGAAUUUGGGCGAUGAAUCGGCGGCAGCAGCGGCCGCGGCCGGCGCCGGAACCGGUUCCGCCGGCAAUGCCCUACUGGUGGCCGGUGGGGCCAACGGGGGCGCCGGUGGUGGUGGGGCCGCCGGCUCUAACGGUGGGUCGGGGGCCGGUUCGGCUGCGGCCGGCAAUCCGCUCGCGUCGGCCAUUCCGUUGGCCCAGCUGCUGUCCAAGCCCGGUGCCCUGAACGCGCUCACCAGCCUGUCCGCACUGGGGGGGCUCACCGAUCUGCUCGGGAACCUGUCGAGUGCGGGCGGUGCGGGUGGCGGCGGCGCGUCCGGAACCGGGCUCGGCGCACUCCAGUCCACCGGCAUCAACCGGCCCAAGACCACCCGGAUGCGGUCACCGAACAACAGCAACAACAGCUCCGGCCUGAACGGCGACAGCACCGGCAAGAAGAGCGAGCGCAAUAAAUUUAAUCCUUAUUAAGGGGGUGGGGGGCGCUCGGCUUCCCCUCGAAACUCCCCCGCGAAACUUCCAAGGAUUGUCGCCGCCGCGUAGAGGUGUUAGGUCACACACACACAAAACGUGUGUAGUUGUAGUUGUAGAGGUGUAUUUGUACGAGCGAGCGAGACAGUGAGAGAAAGAGAGAGCCAAAAGCUAGAGCUAGAGUUAGACGAAGAAGAGAAAGAAGACGAAGACCUCUCGGAGAGGUGCUGCGCCGCGCCACGUGGUCCCAAAUCCAGCCCCGGGAAGAAUGCAGACGCGCGCGCUCGAGAUAAACCCGUUUUUAUUUAUAGCGUUUAGUUCAAUUAAGGCUUAAAAUAGGAUCACGAUCAGCCGUGCGAAGCGACGCUUUUUUUGCUCGUUUUUGGUUAUAUUUCUGGGGUGCCAAACUUGGAUUGUAUUUUGGUAGCGGAUUUUCCAGAUUUUAGAAUUACAUUUUUGUCUUCUUUUUUGCUGCCAUUUAGGGCUAAAAUUAGCGCAAAGUAAUGUUGGGAGAAUUGAACUCGUCGUGGGGAUGUUUUGACGUAGGCAGUGUUGCCAGUUUUUUUUACAUCGUUAGGAAUGGGAAUUAAAGUGUCACUUUGUAGAGAAGAUUGAAUUGUUGAACUUUUUACGAGCUGUCAAAAUGAAGAAUAAAUUACAUUGCAAGAAAUAAGUGUAAUUUUCAUUAUUUAACGAUUGUUUUUGAUAAAAAUGAGAAUACAACAAAAGAUCACCAAAUUAAGUGAAAAUGUGUUGUUUUAAAAAUUGCUUUGAUAAAAAAAAUCGUUAUUAAAGUUUCACUGCCACAAACUGAGUCACAAGCUGGGCUGCUGUGUCGGGUAGCUCCUCCGACUCCGACUUCCAGAGUUGCCAGGGUGCCAGAUAAAUCUGGAAGCGACGGAUUUUUCAAGUAUCCGACAGAACAAAGAUAAUUUGUUUUCUGUAAAAGAUUUUUUGAUUUAAAUUAAGAAGUUUAACAAAAAAAAAUAUUUUUUUCAAAUAAAAAUCGAAAAAAGAAGUAGGGUAUUUUAACCAUUGGUGGACCCCCUAGUAGAGCCGAUGCACAUUUUUCACAAAGUUUCAAUAUUAUAAGCCCUUUUUCAUAACCCUUUGUACAAAACAAUGAAAACUGUAGCCUUUUGAACAAUUUUGGCUAUUUGUUUCAUCAGUUUAUUUGUUUUUGAGCAGAAAAAUAGCCAAUUGAAAAAAAAACAUUUUUUGCCUAUUAUGGACCCCUUUUUCCUAUAGUGGACUCGGGUCCAUAAUCCGAUUGUGGACCCGUUCCACUAUAGGCAAACUGUUAUUUUUAUAACAAAUUUAACCGAUAUUUGAUGUUUUGAUGCAUGGUGUAGGUCUAAUGAUAGAUAUAAUGAAUAAAAGAUGGAUUUUGCUCACUUUUCGUCAUAAACAAAUAUGUUUUGUUAACAAAUGUGGCUUUAAACAACAAAAAAACCUAACAGACAUUUAAAAACAUUUAUUUCCGAAAAAGAUCAGAGAAAACAUUUCAAAAACCACUGUAAACAUAAAAAGUAAUUUUGAUGCACAUUUUGUCAUAUCAAUUACAUAAAUGGUUGAGUGAAACUAAACAAUAGAUUUCUUUAUAGUUGCUGAUAAAACCAUGCCUGUUUAUUGAAAAAAAUUGUUUUGUUCUUGAUUUAUUAUUAUAAAAUAUCAUUUCAAACUGCAAUUAUGAUGCUUCAGUUAAGUACAAUUGACUAUAGUUUUGAUUAAUUAUAUUUUUUUUAUUGCUUCAGCAUUUUUGGUACUUUUAACAUGAAACAGCUAUAUUUAUACUCAUAAUUGAAAAAAAUAUGCAUUUGGGUUGAUAACAACAAGCAUUUAUUGUAUGUUUAAGAAAAACUUUUGCUUAAAUACACAGUUUUCUUUAUUUUUGGAGGUUUAAUUAACAGGGGUCCACUUUUGUAAAAGUUUGGAUUUUCGUUGUCCUAUAUUGGACUUCCCUAAUUUUUGCUCGAAAAUAAGCAGUUCUUCGCUUUAUUCUUGUAAAGUUCCUUAAAAUUACAUUAUUUCGACUUGCUGAAGUUAAAUAAUCAGUCAAAAAAUUAUUGAAUAGUUAAUUCAAUCAUAAAAUAUAAAUGCAGUUUUGUUGUGAAAAUGCUAGUGGCCAUGGCUGAUUUCUGAUGUCAAACUCAAAACACUUAUUUUGGUUAAAAGGACAAUUCAAUAUCAAUCAACAUUGAUAUAAAUGAUGCUGAACAUGUCAAAUAAAAGAUUUGCAGGCAACAACACGCUUGGAAUUGUGAUUUUAUUGAAUUUUUCAUCAAAAACCCUUCAGAGGGUCCACUAUAGGAAAGGGGUCCACUAAUGGGUAACGUACCCUAAUUAUUUAUUAUAUUACAACAUUUUAAGGCCGAAAAAAAACUGUUUGAAUACUACAAACUUUUAAAUUACCUUAUUACCCAAUUAAAUAUUGAUAUAUUUUGUCCGUAUUUUUUUUUUUGCCGGCUCUGACUUCAACUUCGUCUCCACAGCUCGGGUUUAAUUUAAGUAUAAAUUUUAGGAAAAUUUCCUGAAAAUUCGUACCUCACAGGCUAAUAAUAAACAACUAGUUUUAGAGUUGAUUGAAUCUGAUUUCCAUUUUAAACGAAAUCAGAACACCUUUGUUUGUCUGGUUGUUUGGCGUUGAACACUUUUUAUGAGAUAUUUUCAAGGGAAAAGUAUUGAAUUAUUUUUUUCGCUUUUUUUUCACGAGCGACAGAUAUUUUAAAACUGGCAACCCUGUCCAAAGUACUUUUACUGAAGUAAAUAUUAAGGUCGUUUGUUGUGCUAUUUUGUGAAAAUGGGUUUUGCCAGGUAUUUUUUAAAGAUAUUACAGAAAUGUUGGAAAAGAUUCGUCAACACUGUCUUUAGUUAUGAGCACUAUUUGAAGUUUUUUUUUUUUUCAAUUUGUAAUAAUUGUUGUAGAACUGGCAACUUUGCCAAAAAAUAUCGGAACCGGUAAAUUUUAACUGGUAAUUUUUAAAGAAAACAUUAUUGUUGCACUUUAUUGGAAAGGUUUUUUUUUUCAAGUAAUGAGUUUAGAACAUUGAACUUCUAGCAACCCGUUUCUAAUGUUAUCAUCACUCAUGUAAAAUUUAGUGAUCCUUUUUAGAGCGUGACUUGUUGAUUUCUAUAAGAAAAAAAUUAAGUAAUACUUCUUCAAUCGUUGGAAAGGUACUUGCAAGAUAUUUUCAGUUUAAAAUGAAAUUUGUAGAUCUGGCAACUCUGCCAUCAUGCAUCGAUACUCAAUAAAAUUUUACUAAUUUUAGGUCGAAUGUUGUUAUUUAUUAUGAAAAUUAGAAUGUUUUAAAGUGUUGCAUUGGUUUUGAGAGUCCUUUUCGACGAGUUAAGUAACUUUAUGAUUUUAGCAACAUUUCUAGAUUUGAGAGCAUUAAUGAAAUAAACUUAACUUUUACAGACUUAAUUUAGAAAAUUUGAACAAAAGUAUUCCUGAACUGGAAAGUUGCAUAUUAUUAUUUUCAAUGAAAAAAGGAAAUUCAAGAUUUGGAAAACCUGGGCCAAACCUUUCAAAGUUUAAAGAUCUUUCAACUUUAUCUUGAGAUAUCAAUACUUUACUAUAAAGGAAUCGAAGUGUAGUUUUUAGCACUUUGUUUGAUUGAUAUUUAAUGAGCUUUCUAAUGAAUUAUUAUGCUUAAUGUUAUAUUUAGUGUGAUUUAAUCCCUGCCAGAAUUGUGUAAUCAAUAUCCCGUGCUCCUAAUCAGACAUUAAUCCACAUUAGUGCGUGGCUCUCGUGAAAAUCCACCCGGACCCUUUCCAGGUCGUCGUUUGGGGGAGAGAAAACAACACCCCUUUCUAAUCUGGUCGGGGAAUUCGCCCCAAUUCUAAUCCUGUCCAGCAUCGUUCUCUCAUUAAGUUGAUUAACCGUUUUAAUUAUGCCCUUUUCCCCCUUAAUUUUCUCUGGGGUUCCUUUCGGGGGGCGAAGAAGAUUCCUGCGCCAAUUUUCCAACAGCUUUGAUUUCGGACCAAAAGAAGGCAAAAAUCGAUUUCCCGCCGAAUCAUGGUGCAGAGAGCGCAGCUGCUGGGACAGAAAAAAGUUGCUCCACCCUUUUGCUUAGGGUUGGUUGCUGGCGUAAUUCAAUUUCUGGGGGUUAUCGCUUCCUGGGCCAAAGUUACACAUGGCCACAUUUUGCAGUCAUGCUUGGGUCGACCCCCUUCAAAGCACUGUUGGAUAAAAAUGAAAAUAUCGAUUUGUAAAAAAAAUAUUGAAUUCCAUAGAAAUAUUUUGAAAGCAGAAAUAUUUCAAAUUUUUCAAAAUUUCAAAGACUCAUGUCAGAGAAAAAUUUCUAACCGUGCCCUCCACGGUAAGUGUCGGUAAUGUAAUUUUGAAAAGCAAAACAACACAUCCCCUCGCAAACUUGCCACCGUUCUGGCAAGUUUUGGGGGGAUGUCUACCGGGGGGCGGGUAUCAGUUUACCGCUUCGUUGACCAAAUCCCUAAGGGAGAGGACCGCCGUCGCCGACACCCUCUUCACUCUUCAUUACGGCGUGGGACGACCGGUCGCGGGUCGGAAAAUGGCUCCCAGAGGGGACAAAGUGUGAACAUUUUUUAAAUUCCCGAGCUUCCGGAAGUUUGGGGCCUGGUUGGUGAAUCUGAGGAAGGAAGAAGGAACGAGCUUAAAUUGAUUACUCGGUGUUUCCCGUUGAAAUCUGCUUGAAGAUAUCGAUUGGGGAGGUUUUUAAUUCUGAGGUUCAAUAGGAUUGUAGGAAAGAUAUUGUGGUAAUUUAAGUUUUGCAGCUUUUCUUAAAGGUUAGGUUAAAAUAUAACAUUUCAGGUUUGGAUGUUUCAUUUUAAUGUAAUGACAUCCGGAAAAAAAAAUUGCUGCCUAUCGUUUGAUAAGAAUUUUAUUUUUAUGAAUUCUGGCAACCCUGGCAAAAGUUUUGUGAACUUAAGUGAAAUUGAUUAAAUAUUUUUAAAUUAACUGUCAAAUUCUAAUAAAAAUUAAAACCAGAAUCGGAAUAUCAUCAAAAAAAAUUGCUCAAAACGUUUGAAAAUCUGGCAACACUGUUUGAAGUUCUGUGAACUUAAGUUGAAAUGAUUGAAUUUUUACAUUUUGAUGUGAUGGCAUUCGAAAUCUUUUUACUGUUAGACAUUCAAUAAUAAAUGGAAAAUGUUCGCUACAUUUAAAAAUCUGGCAACACUGGCUAAAGUUGUGUACACUAAAAUGAAGUUGAUUGAACAUUCCAGAUUCAAAUGUUAAAUUUUGUUGAAAAUUUGCAUCGGAAUAUUUGUUUCAUCAGGAAAGAUGAUGAAAUGGUUUUGAAAAUCUGGCAACCCUGUCAAAAAUUUGUAAAACUUAGUGAAAAUUAUUGAACUUCUGAUUCGAAUGUUACAGUUUGAUGAAAAUGUCAACCGAAAUAAUUUUAUUUUAUACCUUUCUCAUGAUGCAACCAAUUUGAAGAUUUGGCAACCCUGCCAUGCGAAAUCGAUGCACAAGUGGAAGGUUUCAUCAAUGCUAGAUCUUUUUUGUGCAAACUUUCCCAUAAUAUUCAAUCGAUAAAGAAUUUUAAACCAAAAUUGAAAGCGGAAAACCUUCCGAUCCGCAAAGUAUCAAUCUCUUAAGGUGAUUUUAAUUGCUUUCUCCCCGAAGUGCUGCUCGAGCUACUUUGCCCCUCCCCCACUUGAAAUUUGUUACCCAAAUUGGAAGAUUAACUGACACGGCUUUUCCUUGCGGUGCUCGGAAAGUUCAGCAAACCAUAUCGCAUUUUAAUGAGCAGAGCGGGGGGGAAAGAUAGAACAAAAAGUUUUUGAAUAUCCUCUCCUAAUGGUUUAUGAAUAUGUUGUAUUUUUUUUUACUUCAGUUGGAAAGGGGACACCAAAUGAGGGAAAAAUUAAAUCCGUGUAAACGAGGGACUUUAUGACAGUUUAAUGAUUCAAUUUGGGGUAUUUUUUUCCUUGAAGAGGGACUUAUUGAAUUGAGAUCACCAAAUUUAAACUCAAAUCAAGGUUUUUAUAUUUUCAAAUUAUACAUUGCCUAUCGUUCUCAGACUUACAUUUCAAAACUAGAAAAUUAAGUCAAAUCCGCGAAAAACCUUCAACUUUACUUCCUCCAUCAAAUCGAGUACGAUCCAUCACCAUGCCCCGACUGAUGGAUCGUAACACCUGAUGCCAAAAAUUUCACGUCAAAAGACAUAUUUUAAUGGCUCGUGGCGAAGCAAAAAAUCCCUUCAAAAUAAUGAUGCCCGCCGCGAGAGUUUUGCGCUUUUUGCGAGCUCUCUAAUUCGUAUUGAUGAUGAUGGAUUUUUGAAUGUGCGCCCCCAAGUCAGGCAUUGCAUACAUUCGGGCGCUUCGCGCCAAAGCGCGCCAUCUAGUGAGAAAUUUGGCAUUGUUCAUUUUAAAGCAAAAUUUCACCCAAAAAAAAAGGUGUUUUGCUAAAGUUUGAACGGGAAAAACUUGCUCUUGCGAGAAUUUGUCGAUUCUGUUUGCCUUUUCCGCCCGAAAGUCAAAAACUUUCAAUUUGUUUAGCGAAGUAGGGUGAAGAGAAGGUGGGGGGGCGCAAUGAUUAUUAUUAUUUGCAGUGAUGCGAAUCGAUGGCGGCAAAAUUGCUCCCGGGGGACACUCUCCAAACAGACAGUCGGUGGGCUUCAGUUUGACUUAUUUUUUUGUUGUUGUCAGUUUUGUUUGUUUGCAGAGUCUCUUCCCGCUAUCAGGGGGAAAAAGUUGGGAAAUUCGAUCGUUGACACGUGAGCGGUUUCAGGGGGGAAAUGGAGAACUCGUCAAUUUUCAUCUCAUCGCUGCGUUUUUCAAUUUUUGCUCGAGUCACUGGAAGCUCUGUGUGUGAGAAUUGCUGGAAAUAUGGUGCAGCAGUAGCACUCAUUGCACACGGCUUUUUCGCGAUAUUGAUAUUUAUCAAAUUUCCACGUUUGUGGUUUCCGACGAGUUUUUUUUUCGUAAUUUCUGCGUGCCCUGAUUGUGAUCCGUCAAUUCGUGUUUAUUUGUAAGGUUUGUUCAAAGAGCAAAACAAAAAAAAUCAGCAAAUUGCCAGUAGGUAGAUCGAUAGAUUUUUAAAACAAAGGCAAACAAAUCAUGAUGCUACAAACAAAAAACGACUCGUUUUACUUUUUUUUAAGUUGCGACCAGUACAAAUUUCGUGAAACACGUGCUACCGAUCAACAAGUUUUAAUCGCAAGAAGAAUCGUCCCGACAUCGGAUUUUAACCUUUUUAUUUAGUUUUCCGACAAUUUUACGUUAGGUUACGAUUAGUUUGCGCGAAAAAAUCCACUCCGAGUGUCGUGAGUUUCUUAAAAUCAUGAAUUAAAUUCACAUUUAUUCACAAUUGAGGCGUUACGUUUUUUCAAGAUAUUUUGUUCAUGAUUUCGUUAACAUCAACUUCUGCAGAACAUGUUCUGGCAAAACGAAAUAAAACGUCAUUGAACUUGAACAUGUGAAAUCACUUGACAUAAUUCAUGGUGCCAUGAAACAUGUUCAUGAUUAUUUGAACUUUUAUAAUUCAUAAAUUAAUAUUCAUGAGAACAGUAACACUGCUAUGAAUGCGAAGGCGUUGCACUUUGUAUUUGGUCGAGUUAUCUAAAAUACAGAGAAACAUCUUUUUACGCGGUGGCGUUACGCUUUUUAUUUUUCAAUUUCUUUAAAACCAUUUUUUUGCAGGCUUCAAAAAGCAUUUUGUAGAUCUGAUUAAAACCUACAAAUUGCUUAUUAAAGAUUUUAAAAGUAUUGCGUUGUUCCUCAGAAAUCGACAAAUUAGAAAAACGUAACGCACCGCGUAAAAAGAGGUUUCUCUGUAACAUUAAAGUGGUAUAAUUUCGAAGCCCAAAAAAAUCUGACAUAGCUAAAAAAAAAUUUUUACGCUGGCGUUACGAACCUCUUUUUACUCAGAUGCGUUACGUUUUUUUUUUUUUGGUAAUUUGUCAGUUCCUCUGGAACUACACAACAUGAUUGCAAUCUUAAAAAAACAAUUUGUACAUUUUAUCCAGAUCUUCAAAACGUCUUUUGAAGCUUGCAAAAAUAUUCUAAGGUUUGAAAGAAAUCAACGAAAUUAUAAGCGUAACGCUUCCACGUAAAAAGAGGUUUCUCUGAAUCUCUGAAAUGACACAACCUUUUUACAAUCUAUUUAAAGCAGUUCGUUUGUCUUGUGCAGAUCUACUAAUCCUCAUUUUGAAGCUUUCAAAAUUGUUUUCCUGGAUUCAGAAAAAUCGACGAAAUAAAAAGCGUAACGCCUCCGCACAAAAAGGAACCAAUGAAAAAUCAGCGUAAAAAAGAUAUCAAUCAUAUUACUUUGUUGAUGAUGAAUGUAUGGAAAGCAAAGCGUAACGCCUUCCUAUUAAAAAAAUGUUUUAAUGAUAAUCACAUUUCAGAAAAAAACAGUUUUAACACAAAGGCGUUAUGCUUUAAAUUUCGACGAUUUCUCUGGAACAGCAAUACAUUUAUGCAAGCUUCAAAAAAAACUCGUAGAUCUGAAUAAGAUGUAUAAAUUGUUUCAAAAAGAAAGAAAAAAAUUGCGUCGUUCUCAAGAAAUGUUUCAGUUACAAAACGUAACGUCUCCGCGUUGAAAGUGGUUUUUAUGUUCAGAGAAACCUCUUUUUACGCGGUGGCGUUACGCUUUUUAUUUCUUCGAUUUCUCUAAAACCAUUAAAUAUUUCUGCAAGCUUCAAAAAGCGUUUUGAAGAACUGAACAAAACCUUAAAAUUCCUUUUAAAAGAUUGCAAAAGUGUUGAAUCGUUUAAGAGAAAUCGACGAAUUGGAAAAUCGUAACGCACCGCUUAAAAAGGGGUUUCUCUGUACAAGAUAAGAAUACUAACUGAGAUUUCUAAAAUGGAAAGAAUUAUUCACUUCAUUACAACCUAUUAAAUUUCUUUAUACAGAGAAACCUCUUUUUUACGUGGUGCGUUACGUUUUUCUUAUUUGUCGAUUUCUCUGGAACGACGCAACAUUUUUGCAAUCUUUUGACAGCAAUUUGUAGCUUUUGUUCAGAUCUACAAAUCGCUUCUUGAAGCCUGCAAAAAUAUUGUAUGGUUUAUGAGAAAUCGACGAAACAAAAAGCGUAACGCCACCGUGUAAAAAGAGGUUUCUCUGUACAAUAAAUCCCAUUCAGAUAGACAUGCGUUACGCUUUGUAUACCAUUUUAUAAACUUUUCGAAGUGUAGAUCAGCUUAAUGUUAACUUAUUGCUCCAAAAAGUUUACUAAAUUAUUGUCCCUUAAAUUCCCUUAAAUUGAUGCAGAAUAAAAUAUAACGCCUCAACUAAAAGGGCGAUUUUAGUUUGAAUUUGGUUUUGAAUGUUGACUCACGAUAUCGUGAUUCUUAUUCAAGAAAAGUGCACAGCUUUUUCCACUGCAUUGAUUUGUGUUAUUAAUGAAAUCAUGAAUAUUACUACAUUAUAGCUUUUAUUCACGUUUUUUUAAGCGGAGGCGUUACGCUUUGUAUUUUGUCGUUAUCUCUGUAACUAAAACACAUUUUUGUAAUCUUUUAAAUGCGAUUUGAUGAUUAGUUCAUGACGGACAAAUUGCUUCAACAAGUUUGUAAAAACGUUGCUUUGUCUCAACGAAAUCGCUGAAAUACUAAACGUAACGCUUCCGCGUAAAAAGUGGUUUUGCUGUCAAGAACUUAGCGUGACAUCUAUUCAAGGUUUUAUGAUUUUUACAACUUGAUGAUGUUUAUGUCAUAAUUUUUUUUCGCAUUUUUAUACAAAAUUACGUUACAUUUCGUUUUGACGGGUAAGAUUAUUCUUGAAAUCGUGAAUUCAAUUCACAUUACCGUGAAUUUUGAUUUUGAUCACAUUUUCAAUUAAAAUUACGUUAAAUGUCGUGUUGACAAAAUAAUGAUCUUCCUGAAACCGUGAAAACUUAUCAUGUUACCGUGAAUUUUCGCUGCGUGACACCGUGAAUUGUGUUGCACUUUGAUUCAAUUUUGAAACAUUCACGUCAGUUCGGGUGGAUUUUUUUCCGCGCAUUUUAAGUAAGAAACAUUUUGUGCUUUAAAUGGUUUCUCCAAUGAACGUGUAGGAAUCGAUCGAUUGAUUAGAGCGCCGCCAAAGGCAGUUAGAGCAUGAGAUAGUAGGGCGAGGACAAACGUAGGAGCUAUAAACAUAAAGAAGAGAAGAAAAAAAACAAACAAACUUGCUGACUUACUUAGAGUAAGGUGACUUUAUCGAACCAUGCUGUCAAAUCUUGAUAAACUUUUGUAGUGUUUAGAGUAAAACGGCCAUACAGGCGAGUCCCACCCCCUCAAAUAUGGGGAGGGGCGCGUAGUUGUAAGUUUCAUAAAGUGGAAACAAAACAAACAAAUAAUUACUCUAUAGAUGGUUCACGUCUAGCGUACAUGGAGCAAAUCCUAAUUUAAUCCAAUCCAACUUAAUGUAUUUAAUCACACACACACACCCUAAUCUAACAAAGUGACAAAGGAGUACUUUUUGAAUAAAAACAAACAAACAAUUACACUUGGAUAUGUUCCAAAUCCAAUCAGUGCAUAGUCAGUAAACAUAACCAACAAAAUUCGAUGUUACAAAACCACGUUAAUUGACUGUUAGGAGACCUCCCAAAACAGAAA